AGUCUAGAAAGACGGGAAGAGAGUGACUAAAAGAGAGAAGCAGAAAGAGAGAGCGAGAGGGAGAGGGAGAGGGAGGGGGAGGUACCACUGCAGACACACAGCCACUGUCACUGCUCCACAGCCAGAGGACAGAGGCAGAAGCCGCUGAGAACAGCAGCAGCACCAGAGAGCAUGGAGGAUCAACGGUCUGUCUGGACCUCUACUCCUCUAACUGACAGGCUUCUUCUGGGAACACACUGAGUUGAACUGGGUAGUGGAGGAGAGAAAGAGAGAGAGAGAGACAGAGACAGAGUAUUCACUUGCUCUGCCCUUCAGGAGAGGAAGCACCAGUCCUUUAGUGGGACAAAUCACACAAAUAGUUUUUUUCUGCCUUUGGAACCUUUGCACGUAUCGGGCUAUCUUGGCCUGCCGGAACCUUCUGUGACUGUGUGGAUUUACUUUAACCCUGGAGAGGACCAUGGGGUUUGGGUGGAGGUGGAGGGGUGCGGGAAGGACCCCAAACGUUAAGACGAAGGGCAGCCAAUACCUCUGGGCAGCAGUACUGCUACUCUGUGGCACCUGGAGGGUUAACACACAGACGGCGGAGGACGUUAAGUCUGUGUACUUCUGGGAAACAGGGCCGUGGGGGAGAUGCAUGGGCAGUGACUGUGGCCCCGGGGGCAGCCAGAGCCGGGCAGUGUGGUGUGCCCAUGUUGAUGGCUGGACCACCCUCCACACCAACUGUUACCAGUCCCAACGGCCUUCCAACCAGCAGAAUUGCUUCCGUGUGUGCGACUGGCACAAAGACCUGUACGACUGGCAGCUGGGUACCUGGAGCCAAUGUGUGUCCGUGUCGGCGAGGGCCUUUGGGGGCAUGCGGCCGCACGUUUGCAAUGUGGGUAAGGAGGGCAUCCAGACUCGGGAGGUGGGCUGCAUACUGAAGGCCGACGAGUCCCCCGGAGAGGACGCCAUCUGUGAGUACUUUGAGCCCAAGCCUCGGCUGGAGCAAGCCUGCCUGAUCCCUUGCCCUCAGGAGUGUGUGGUGUCUGAGUUCACUCCAUGGACCUCCUGCUCAAAAACCUGUGGCACCGGCCUGCAGAACCGGGUCCGCAGUGUCCUGGUACCUCCUCUCUUUGGGGGUUCUGCCUGCCCCAACCUGACGGAGUUCCAAACCUGUAAGCCAGGACCUUGCAAGGGGGCCGAGGGGGUGUACAGUCUGAGGCUGGGCCCCUGGACCCCCUGUUCCCUCCCCAUCUCUCGGCCGGUGCGGCAGGCCAAGAGGAGGAAGGGUAAGGGGGGGGGUAGGGAGAGACCUGGGGUCAAAGACCCAGAUACCAGAGAGCUGAUUCAGAAAAAACGAACCAGAAACCGUCUCAACCGGCAGGAGAGUCCCUUCUGGGACAUCCAGGUGGGAUACCAGAAUCGUGCAGUGAGCUGUGCACACAGGAAUGGGAGUACAGUGGGACUCAGUCUCUGCCAGCCCAGGGAACUCCCUCUGACGAUCCAGUCCUGCAUUCUCCCUAAGGACUGUGAGCUGAGCGACUGGUCAGACUGGGGCCCCUGCUCAAAGGCCUGCACGGACCCCAAUCCAAAGUCCCCUAGGGGCCAGCGCACCAGGUCGAGACGUGUGCUUCAAUUCGCCGUGGGGGAGGGGGAGAACUGUGCUCCACUGGAGGAGGCGGAGCCAUGUGACACGGAAGGGGAUGGAGUACCUCCAUGUGCCACUUACACCUGGAGGACUACAGAGUGGAGCGACUGUAGAGUGGACUCGUUGCUAAGCCAACAGGACCGUCGGCGUAGCAACCAGACCGGCCUAUGCGGGGGAGGCCUACAGAAUCGAGAGGUGUACUGUGUCCAGGCCAACGCAGAACUACUGACCUACCUCAAUAACCUCAAAGACAAAGAUGAAGGUCAGGUCCCAAACCAGCAGAAGCCUAGUGUUCCCCCUCUCCUAUCCAUCAGCUUUGAAAUCACAGCGUCUCGCCCCGUGGACAGCAAGCUGUGUGGCGGUCCCAUUCCUGACACAUCCCAGCUGUGCCACAUCCCCUGUCCCAUCGAGUGUGAGGUGUCCCCUUGGGGGGCCUGGGGACCCUGCACCUAUGAGAACUGCAAUGUCCAAGAUGGGAAGAAAGGUUUUAAAUUGAGGAAACGGGAGAUAAGCAACGAACCGACAGGAGGGCCAGGGAAUUGCCCACACUUGGUGGAAGCCAUCCCGUGUGAAGACCCUAGCUGCUGGGACUGGCAGCUUGUCAGGCUAGAUGAGUGUGUCCCAGACGAGGACCUGCCAUGUGGUCCUGGGACACAGAAACCUCAGGUCCAGUGUGUCAACAGCACCGGUGACACUAUGGAUAUAGAGCUGUGUAGAGGAACCCCGGUCCCAGAACCCAUUGUCUGCCUGGUACCCUGCCCCAAAGACUGUGUCCUCAGUGACUGGACAACCUGGUCCUCCUGCUCUCAGACCUGCUCCAGCAAAACCAUCGAGGGGAAGCAGAUGAGGACUCGCUCCAUACUGGCCUACAACGCUGGCGAAGUCACUGCAAUGGUAGUGGCAUGGAUCACAGUGAUGGAGGGUCUUUCUAGAGUGCCCAAGUUUCCAGAGCUUUUUGGUGGGGACAUGUGUCCCAACAGCAGUUCCCUGCAGGAGGUGCGUAACUGCAAUGAGCACGCCUGUACAGUUUACCACUGGCAGACUGGCCCUUGGGGCCCCUGCACUGAAGACCCCUCAGCCUCGGCCCUCAACACCAGCGUGGGUUCCAGGUCUGCUGCGGGCCUCAAGGCCAACGGGCCCUGCUCCCAGGGCAUGCAGACCCGCAAGGUCAUCUGUGUCCGGGUUAACGUGGGCCAGGUGCCACCUAAGAAAUGUCCGGAGAGUCCUCGUCCAGGUACGGUGCGACCCUGUCGAAUGCCGUGUAAGAAGGAUUGCAUUGUGACCCCCUUCAGUGACUGGACCCAGUGCUCUCCCACCUGUGAUGCAGCUGGUAACAUCCAGAAGAAAAAGCAGUCGAGGAGGCGUAUCGUCCUUCAGCUGCCUGCCAACGGGGGCCAGGAGUGUCCUGAGGUGCUGCAGGAGGAGAAUGACUGUGAGGCUGUCAAAGUCUGCCCUGGUUACAGGUGGAAGACUCACAAAUGGAGGAGAUGUCAGUUGGUUCCCUGGUACAUCAGGGAGGAUAGCCCAGGGGCCCAGGAAACAUGUGGACCAGGUCUUCAAACAAGAGCCGUGUCCUGUCGCAAGCUGGACGGAGCGCAGGCAGACAUCGGCGACUGUCUGAAGCUCGCCAGCUCUAUGCCCCCUGUCACUCAGCGCUGCCAGCUUCCAUGCCAGGAUGACUGUCAGCUCACCAACUGGUCCAAGUUCUCAUCCUGCACUGUCGACUGUGUAGGGGUCCGAACCAGGAAGAGGUUACUUGUAGGGCGAAGCAAAAAGAAGGACAAGUGCAAGAACACUCAGAUGUACCCCCUCAGCGAGACCCAGUACUGCCCCUGUGAUAAGUACAACGCCCAGCCCGUGGGUAACUGGUCUGACUGCAUCCUGGCCGGUGGGGACCGUGUGGAGAGCCUCCUGGGCCUGAAGGUCCUGGGGGAUAUCAAGGAGUGUGGCCAGGGCUACCGCUACCAGGCUAUGGUGUGUUACGACCAGGACAACCGACUGGUGGAGACGUCACGCUGCAACAGUCAUGGCUACAUAGAGGAGGCAUGUAUCAUCCCCUGUCCAUCAGACUGUAAACUCAGCGAGUGGUCCAACUGGUCACGCUGCAGUAAAUCAUGUGGUAGCGGGGUCAAAGUGCGCUCCAAGUGGCUCCGGGAGAAACCGUAUAAUGGAGGGCGACCUUGCCCCAAACUGGACCACAUCAACCAGGCCCAGGUGUAUGAGGUGGUGCCCUGUGUGAGUGACUGCACUCAGUAUGUUUGGGUGGCUGAACCAUGGAGCGUCUGGAAGGUCAGCAACGUAGACCUGAAGGAGAACUGUGGAGAAGGCGUCCAGACCCGUAAAGUCAGGUGUAUGCUGAACACGGUGGACGGGCCAUCUGAGUCUGUGGAGGACUACCUGUGUGACCCGGAGGACAUGCCCCUGGGGACACGGGGCAGUCGGCUGCCCUGUCCUGAAGACUGUGUCCUCUCCGACUGGGGAGCCUGGAACCGAUGCAGCCGGCCAUGCAGUUACAACAACAGCAGAGAACGGACAUCCUAUGCCAUCCGAGCACCUGGAGUGGGGAGAGAGUGUCCAGACACUACAGAGAAGGAGCCGUGUAGUCUGAACCUGAACUGCUUUCACUAUUUCUACAACAUCACAGACUGGAGCACCUGUCAGCUGAGCGCCAGGGCUGUGUGUGGCAGCGGCAUCAAGACACGCAUGCUGGACUGCGUACGCAGUGACGGCAAAUCUGUCGACCUGAAGUUCUGUGAGGAGCUGAGGCUGGAGAGGAAGUGGCAGAUGAACAUCUCCUGUGUGGUGGAGUGUCCGGUCAACUGCCAGCUGUCAGACUGGUCAACUUGGUCAGAAUGCUCCCACACGUGUGGACUGGAAGGGAGGAUGUGGCGGAGCAGGGUGGUGGUGCAGGGGUCCCAGGGGGAUGGACGUCCCUGCCCCUCCCAGAUGGAGCAGUGGAAGCCCUGUCCCGUCAGACCCUGUUACAGAUGGCAGUACAGCCCUUGGUCCGAGUGCAGAGUGGAGGAGGUGGUGUGUGGAGCGGGCCUACGAUUCAGGAACCUGUCGUGCUUCGUGUCAGACGGCUCCAGAGAAGGAGAGGGCAGCUUGGUGGAGGAGGACUUAUGCGCUGGUCUGGAGCUGGCCGUUGACCAAGACAGAGUGAUCAUACUGAAGGAGGCCUGUGUUUUACCCUGUCCAGGUGAAUGCUACCUGAUGGAGUGGUCUGACUGGAGUCCUUGUCUGAGUGUAUGUGUCAAAGGGGCUGCCGUGGACUUUGGCUCAGUCCAGGUGCGCUCUAGAGCGGUCAUGGCCCAGGAACCUGAGAACCUCCAGCUGUGUCCUGACCCCGACUGGGAAUCCAGAUCCUGCACCGGUGAGACUGAUGGGGAGUGUUUUGAGUACCAGUGGAUGAGCAGCUCAUGGGCAGGCUCCCCUCGGGUCACCUGGUGUCAGCGUUCAGACGGACUCAAUGUCACAGGAGGAUGUCCACCCAUUAAUCCUCUAGGGGAGGACAACUCCUUCUGUGACCCAGCGUGUCAAAUGCCAAUGUCCUUCUGCACUGAGGCCGGCGUGUGUAUGUGCGAGGAGGGCUACACAGAGGUGUUGUCCUCUGGUGGCCAGCUGGACCAGUGCGCUCCCAUCCCAGUCCUGGAGAUCCCCACAGCCGGGGACACGAAGACGGACGUGAAGACCAGCCGUGCCAUAAACCCCACCCUGCCUGCCACCACGCAACCAGGACGCACAGGGCGCACCUGGUACCUGCUGCCCAUUGGACCAGAUGGCAAGCUGAAGAUGUGGGUGUACGGUGUAGCAGCCGGAGCCCUGGUGCUCCUCAUAUUCAUAGUGUCUUUGAUAUACCUAGCUUGCAGCAGUUACUGUGUCAUCCUCCGCCAUCUUCAGGCCACCGAGUCCAACGCCAAUGGGACGGUGGUCUGGAUGGGCCAAAAUGCGCAUGAAUUGACUUACACGUGUCCAGAUUGCCAAGAGUUGGAUCAAAGCAGUUCUCACGGCAGCGCCCAGCACAGUCAUCAAAACAGCCCCCAAAACAGCUCCCAGAGCAUCGGCCAGAGCAGCCCCCAGAGCAUCGGCCAAAGAAGAAAUGGGCAGCCCUACGAUUAGUUACAGUGCCAGGCGUUGACCCCUGACCUCUGAUCUCUGCACCAGUGUCACAUGACGUGCCCUUGACUAGCUGAGUGAACUUGGUGGUGCAGCAAACGGCCAAAGAAACCACUUAGACAGAGGCAGAUCAACAACCGAUUGAAACCUCUGACCCUAGCCUAUGACGGAGACGCUGACAUGUAGGACUCUGGGAUAGCCUUCUCCUCCAGAGAACUGCCUAACCUGACAUCACACCGUAGGGAGCACAGGGAUGUUUAUAACUGCAGAUGUUUCUCCACAUAGACAUGUAUGGAGGUUGUCCAUUUUUAGCAGCAUUUCUCCCUUUUUCUUUUUUGAUAUUUUCUUAUGCAAGAGCCUUCACGACCUCCACUCAGUACAAAGAAAAUGCCUUUUUUGUUUCUUCUUUUUUAAUCAGCGAAGACUGCUUUGAAAUGAAAGAGCUGCAGCAAAGAGACAAACUUUUUUGUCUUUGAACACAAGCUGCACAAGCUUAACUCUUUGCCAUGUUUUUUUUUUUUUGCUUGUCACUGAAACACUGAGUUGUGCUGGAGGCUUAGGAUGCACUGAUGGUUCGUACGUUGCCAAAAGUCACCACAGGGAAAGGGAGAAAAUCUCCAUGAAAAGGCUCAGAUUCCUUUCUAAAACCUCAACUGGAUGUUGACUUAUAUCUCCUUCUACAGUUGCAAACAAAGAGAUACUUUGGGUUUCCGGAGUUUUCCCAGGCAGAGGCCCUUUUCAGAGGAUGAGCACGGGCAGAUGGGGUGCACAUAGAUGAGAAACACAAUCACCGUCACCAGAUCGAAAUCCUUUCUCCCCUUUACUUUGUUUCAGGCUCCAUCAUUGCACUAUAUUAGUGCAGCAUGAUAUGCACAUGACUAAUACCUUGUAAUGCCAUAGUACACUGCCUCUCCUAGGACAGGAUCACAUGCAGUUGGAAGGGCAUUUUCAAUGGCACACUACACCGUGGAUACGUGAGCAGUCAAUAGUAAAUAUGUAUAGAUUUGAAUUAAUGUCACCAUUUUUGUUUUUGGUCCAGUAUCUUUUGUGUAUAGUUUGUUUGGUAAUGUCACUCUCUCUGCCCAGAAUGAAAUCAAAUAGACUUCUUGAAUUUGAACAAUAGACUCGAUUUCAGUUAUUCUUUAAAAAAUGUCCAAGGUUUUAAUUGUUCUAAAUAUGUAAAGUACAUAUGUAAAUGAAGGAUAAAUGAGUAACUGGAUUUAUUUAUUUUGUGCUAGCAUAAAACAAAACCCUUCUAAUGCUAAAAUGAUGUGUGUGACCAUAAUUGUAUUUUUCUGUCUUGAAAAUGUAACUUCUGCCUUAUUGUCAAUGAUCAAGUAUCUACAGCCCUAUACACAUUCACUAAACCAACAUAUGAGUAAUAGGUGCUGCGCAGGUUUAUACUAUUCCAUUGAUAAGUGAAAGACCUAUGAUUGAUUCAUUUAGAUUAAAGUUAUUUAGUAAAAUUUUCUGGAUAUAAGGAUAAACAAACCAUUACUUUCUGUUUCUUUGAGAAUAUUUGAAAAUAUGUUAACACAUGACCUAUAUCAUAGGUGCCCUUACAAUAUUAUGAUGCAGUGGAUUUCCUGAGUUAAAAAUACAUCGUAUAUACUCUAUAGAUCAAGGUCCGUCUCAACAACUUUGAUGAUAGUAUAUGAAUAAAGAGGAAAUAUGAUUCUGCUUUUUACAAGAGCAGCUGGGGGAGAAUGUUUACUUUUUGGUUUUUCUUGUAUAAAUAAUAACAUUUUUUAUUUUUGAAAAAAAAAAAUCUAAAUAUGUGUACAUUUAUUUUGUACUGCAAAAAUUUUGUUUGAAUAUUGCAGUGUGGGUGUAUGAUAUUGCUGAUGGUUGUUCUCAUGAUGCAAGUUGUGUGCUGUAAAAAAGAUAAGGAUCAUCAUUUUGUAUAGGUUGUUUAUAUAUGUAUUGGAGGAAUUACAAAAAAUAAAGGAAGAAAAUAAAUAAAUUACUGUGAAAAUGUUGAAUGAUGCCAUUCUACUAGAUGUACAGUAUGUUGGGCAAAUUCAUGUAGGUCUUGUUUUUAUCUGCAUAGAUUUGUCCAAUAGAAACUUUGAA